AUGAAUUACUUUGAAAGAAAAUUGGACCAACCACUUCAAGAAUCCAUCUCUAGUGGAAGAAUUUUUGCAGUUGUUCGUUGGAAGAAACGUCUCCAAGACGUAAGCGAAGACACGAGAGAGGUAGACGAGACCAAUUUCCAUUCGCACAAUUUUACUCUAGAAGUAAUGGCGCUGAGGACAGAUCUAUCCUCAGCAUUAUCAUACCAAAAAAUAAAUGACAAUAGCAGAGUUUGCUACUCAUCCGUGAAUAAAUAUUCAAUGAUGGUGAAACUAGAAAAGUUCCUUGUUCAUACCCUUUUGGUUCUCUCAGUUACUCACGCUUUUUUUGAUGAUAUUCGAGAUAUACACAAUCAAAUAUCAUCAUUUUCUUCCCAAGACAAUGGUAAUAAAACAUCACCUCUUAAUGAUGAUAAAAUAGCACCUAUAACCCCAACUUUAAAACUACCAUCGUUUCUUUGUUUAACUUCUGACAAAGAAAAUGUUCAAAAUUUGAGAGCAAUAGUUGAGCAAUCUCCAUUGAAUGUUGUCGUGCGCACUGAAUCCCAAAAGAAAGAAAACGGUAGAAAGGUAUUGUUGGAAAUGUAUUGGCCAGAUAUUCGAGUAGAUCUAUUCGUGAUUUUCUGA